AAAACGCUUUCUCAUCCAGAAUGUGACAGCCAUAGUAUACAAUACUUACAAGGUUCCAUUCCAACAUUAUCAUAAUACCAUGAUACGACAAAACUGUCUUCUUCUUCAUCUUGUUCUUCCAAUCUCUUGUCCUUAAAUUCCUUCGAUCACUACCUUCAUCAUCAUCAAUCUUCAACCCUUCAAAAACAGAGAGAAAAACUUUCAAUCUUCAUCACUUUACAAAAAUGGGUACCUCUGGAUAUGAAGAAUCAGGUACCCAAAUGCCUGAAACCACAAAAACUUCUUCCCUUUUCCGAUACAAUUCACCUUUCGUUCAGAUCGUCCUUAUUGGUUUCGUCUGUUUCUGCUGCCCCGGCAUGUUCAACGCCCUCUCCGGCAUGGGUGGCGGUGGCCAAGUCAAUCCCACAGCCUCCAACAACUCCCUCACUGCUCUCUACACCACCUUCGCCGUCUUCGGCAUCCUCGGCGGUGGCAUCUACAACAUCCUCGGCCCCCACCUCACCCUCUUCGCCGGUUGCUCCACCUACGUCCUCUACGCCGGUUCCUUCCUCUACUACAACCACCAGCAGCACCAAAUGUUUGCAAUAGUCUCCGGCGCGCUUCUCGGGAUCGGAGCAGGGCUGUUAUGGGCGGCGCAGGGUGCUAUCAUGACAUCUUACCCGCCGGUGAACAGAAAAGGCACUUAUAUUUCUAUUUUCUGGAGUAUUUUCAACAUGGGUGGUGUGAUUGGUGGGUUGAUUCCUUUCAUUUUGAAUUACCACCGUGGUGAUUCUGCUGCUACUGUGAGUGAUGGAACAUACAUUGGUUUCAUGGCGUUUAUGUCACUUGGAGCUGUUUUGUCACUGACCAUCUUGCCGGCGAGUAAGGUUGUUCGUGAUGAUGGGACUAGAUGCACCAACAUGUUGUACUCCAAUGUGUGGAGAGAGUGUGUGGAGAUUCUGAAUUUGUUCUACAACAAGAAGAUGCUUCUCAUGCUUCCUGCUGCUUGGGCUAGCAAUUUCUUCUACACUUAUCAAUUCAAUCAUGUGAACAAGACACAGUUCAAUUUGAGGACAAGGGGUUUGAACAAUGUGUUCUAUUGGGGAGCACAGAUGUUGGGGUCUGUUGGGAUUGGUUACAUAAUGGAUUUCAGUUUCAAGAGCAGGAAUAAGAGGGGGAUUGUGGGAAUUAGUGUGGUUGCUAUUCUGGGAUCUGCUAUUUGGGGUGGUGCACUUGCUAAUCAGAUUAAACACCAAAAAGGGGAGAUCUUGGAUUUUAAGGAGUCAGGUUCUGGCUUUGCUGGACCCUUUGUCUUGUACUUUUCUUUUGGUUUGCUGGAUGCCAUGUUCCAGAGUAUGGUGUACUGGGUUAUUGGAGCUCUGGCUAAUGAUUCUGAGGUUCUUAGCAGGUACACUGGAUUCUACAAAGGGAUACAAAGUGCUGGGGCAGCAGUUGCAUGGCAAAUUGAUAACCACAAUGUGUCCCCUAUGUCCCAAUUGAUUGUGAAUUGGGUGCUCACUACAAUAAGCUAUCCUUUACUAUUGGUUCUAGUAGUGAUGGCAGUGAAAGAGGAUGAGAAUGCAGUAGAUGAACCUGUCAAACAAGUUGCUCCUUCUUCUGCUUACAAUGACUCUGUCCAAUAGCAGUUUUCUGUUGAAUCCAAAAAUCAAAUGAUCUUUUUGUCUUCUUUUUGUUGGCAUGUACUUUUCAUCGUUCACACGAAGUAUGACGCACAAGGUGUUAACAAAGUUAGCUAUUACUUUAACAAUAUGAUAUUCAAAUGGAAA